UCUGUAUCUAAAUACAAUUAUUCUAAUGUAUCUGUAUCUUUCUAGAUACUCAAAUAACAGUAUCUGUAACAACAUAUGGUGACAACCGGGUGUCUCGAUUUGAUUGGUGGUUGGUUCCGAUCGCCAUAUUGGAGCUAAAUUGGUAUUGGAGCACGUUUGUUGGUGUUUUUACGAAAGUAAGAAGAAUAAAUAGGUGCGGUUUAACGUGAAAUCUAUUGUGGACAUUCGGUUAUUAGGUUGAAAGUGAAUAAAAAUGUAGGUAUUUUCUUUAAUUACGAAAGGUUACUGUUUACCAAAUUGACAUGUGUAUUGUUUUUAGAUAUUAUGGGGGGGUGUUCCGCUGUAGGAUGUAGCAAUUCUGCAAAGAAAGGAUUUUUAAUGAAACGGCUACCAAAGAACCCCAUAAGAAGACAGCAAUGGAUCCUCAAAAUCAAAAGAGACAAAAACUGGCAACCAAAUGAUGACACACGCUUGUGCGAGGUUCACUUUGCUCCCGAGAUGUGGGAAAAGACCCGAGUAGAUGGAAAGCGGGUACUAAGAUCUGAUGCUGUUCCGACAAUUUUUCCUUCCUCCAAAUCAACUUUAAAAAGGAAAGCACCUACACAAGGAAGUCCAUUAAAGUUGCAGUCAGUACAAGAAUCAAAUCAAACCGUGGAUUAUGGAAUCAUUGAUCCAGAACCCUCAACCUCAGCGGCUUAUUCAUCAGACGUUAUUACUGUCAUAUUAGAUGACAAUAUUGGGGAAUCACCUCCGUCAAACUUAACCGCUUCAACUUCAGCAAUUCUUGCUCAUAAAGAUUGCAAAGCUAAAUUUUUGCGAUAUGAAAAAAUGUAUACCAGAGAAAGAGAGAAGUCCAGUAGACGGUACAAAACAAAGACUCCAAAACUUAAAAUUUGAUAGUGGCAUUUUGAUUAAACUUUUUAAAAACCACAGUUGAAUCAUUUGGUGAAUUCGAAAAAGAUUGUGUCUUAGUGUAGUUGGACAAAAUGGCCAUCACUGCACGCAACGCACAUGAUUUACGAUGUUAGUUUCAAUGUUGGAUAGAGUUACUAUACAUCGGAAGCAGGUCGGCUUACUAUUUUAUUGGCAAUUCUGUGAAUGGUGCAGUUUUAAAAGAAAUUAUAAAUGAAAUUUUUAAAAAGUAGAAUUAAAAUUGACCCUUCUAUGUAUAACGUCGGCUUCUGAUCAAGCAUUAUGGAAAGCAUGGGGAGUUAUGGCAGGCAGGUACCUAUUCUAAACCCAGGUGCAAAAUUCCUCAUUGAAUAAUUAACAGUGAAUUGGUGUUUCCAGACGAAAUUGAAUAUUUCUGAUGUAAUAUAAUAGGAAUAUUCAAAAAGGUAUAUUUGAAUAUGUAUUAAAAUAUUCCUAGAAUAAAUUUCAAAAAUAUUCUCCAUUUAUUCUGAACAUUCAUAGAACAUGAUGCAUAUAGCCACUUGGGAUAUUCUGAGAAUUAACUUACACAAUAUUCUCAGUUUAUUCUGAAUAU